AGAGUAACACCAGCUCUGCAGUCAUAGUGUACAGAGUUUGACAAACACAAGGUUUCAGAAUGGCUGACGCUGUCAUGGCAGAGUUUGGGUCAGCUGCUCCCUUCCUACGUAAGUCAGAGAAGGAGCGUCUGGAGGCCCAGACUCGGCCCUUCGACAUGAAGAAGGAAUGCUUUGUGCCUGAUCCUGAGGUUGAGUACGUCAAAGCCUCCAUCACCAGUAGAGACGGAGACAAAGUCACUGUUGACACUGAACACGGAAAGACGGUAACUGUGAAGGAUGUCGACGUUCACCCUCAGAACCCGCCAAAGUUCGAUAAAAUUGAGGACAUGGCGAUGUUCACCUUCCUGCACGAGCCCGCCGUGCUGUAUAACCUCAAAGAGCGUUACGCAGCCUGGAUGAUCUACACCUAUUCAGGGCUGUUCUGUGUCACUGUCAACCCCUACAAGUGGCUGCCAGUGUACGAUUCCUUUGUGGUCAAAGCCUACAGAGGAAAGAAGAGGACUGAAGCUCCUCCUCACAUCUUCUCCAUCUCUGACAACGCCUACCAGUACAUGCUGUCAG